AGGGGGUCAAAUGAAUUGUCUUACGCCAUUAGAAACUCAAGGCAGCGCGGCUUACGAGACUACGGGGCCCGGGAAGCGGAUGAAUUAAAGAUGCCGUCGAAACAGAAAAAAUCCGCGGCUCCUGAAGAAACCCAAGAGGUUGAUGACGAAGUGGAGAAAACGGAGCUAAAAAUAAAGGAGAGCGGCGACGGCGAGGUCCUCGGGGACGCCGCGAAACGAGAGAGGAGUGGUAAGAAACACAAGAGCCCGGGGAGCUCCGAGGACAAGGAGAAGAAGAAGAAGAUAAGAGAAAAGAAGAAGAAAAAGAACCCGGGUGAUGGGGUGGAAGUUGGGGCUGUGAGUGAAAAUGAGGAGGAGGCCGAGCAAAACAACAAUGACCCCAAGACCAAUUCAAAGAGGGAGAACUCGGGGGAGCUCAAAGAGGAAGUGACUGAGGUAGAGAGAGACAAAAAGAAGGAGAAGAAGAAAAAGAAAAAAUCCUCCACACAGAAUCCCGAGGGGGAAGAGGAGAUGGGAUCCAAGGACAAGAAGUCGAAAGACGGCAAAAAGAAGAAGAAGUCCGACGGCGACGAGGAGCCCUUGAUCGAGGGGCAGGAGGAGGAGGAAGACCCCAAGAAAAAGAAGAAGAAGAAGGCGAAGAAGGGGUCGGUGGACAGUGACGAAGACAAGAAGAAAAAGGGGAAGAAAUCCAAAAAUAAACAGGUGGACUACGGCGUGAUCUACCAGAACGAGCUGCUGAACUACACCACAGAUUCAUCAGACGGAUACGAGGAUGAGUACUACAAAAAGAAAGUGUAUGAGGUGGUCACUAUCACUGGUGAUGUAAAGGGAGCCGGGACGGAUGCUAAUGUGUUUGUUACCCUUUUUGGGGACUUUGGCGUCACGCCCAAGGUUCACUUGGCAAGCAAGAGCCGAACUGCAUUUGAGAAGAAUAAGACUGAUGUUUUCCGUAUCAAAACGCACAACGUGGGGCCUCUGAGGAAGCUGAGGAUCGAGCACGACAACACGGGGAUGAACGCCAGCUGGUUCUUGGACAGGGUGGUGGUGACCGACAUGAACCGGCCACAUCUGCGCUUCUAUUUCGCCUGCAACAACUGGCUCAGUCGGGAGGAGGCCGACAACCUGUUUGUCAGGGACCUGCUGGGCUGCAUGAACCCCAUGGACGUCCCGAAACUAAAUAAGUACAUAGUGAGCGUGUUCACUGCGGACAUGAAGGGGAGUGGGACUGAUGCAGAUGUCUUCCUGAACAUCUUUGGGGAGAACGGUGACACAGGAGAGCGGCGGCUGGACAGCGACAAAGACAACUUUGAGCGCGGCUCAGAGGACAAGUUCACGAUAGAGGCGCCAAACUUGGGAAGGCUGAGGAAAAUCACCAUUGGCCACAACAACAGAGGUUCAUCAGCUGGAUGGUUUCUAGACAAGGUAGUGGUGGAUGACAUGGGGAAUAAGGAAGUCUAUGACUUCCCCGUUAGUCGGUGGUUCGCCAUGGAUGAAUGCGAUGGCAAGAUACAGAGGGAUGUGUUGGUUGGAUCCGUGCAACCGAUGGGAAUCGUAUACAAUGUGCAAGUGAUGACUGGAGACGUGAGGGGGGGAGGCACCAACUCUAAGAUCCACAUCGUCAUGCACGGCUCCAAGGGCUUGAGGAACAGCGGCAAAGUGUUCCUGGAGGGGGGCGCCUUCGAGCGCGGCCUCAUCGACAUUUUCAACGCGGAGAUCUGUGAACUGAUCAGCCCGCUCAGCAGGGUCACCAUCGGGCACGACAACGGGGCCGUCGGCGCCGGUUGGUACUGCGAAAAGGUUGUGAUAUACUGUCCAUUCACGGGCAUCGAGCAGACAUUUCCGUGCGGGAAGUGGCUGGACGAGGACGAGGCCGACGGACUGAUCGAGAGGGAGCUGUACGAGAUGGUGUCUCUCAGGCAGAAGAAACAGAAGAAGUUCCCGUGGUCCCUGUGGAUUUUGACGUCGGACGUGAAGGGCGCGGGGACGGAUGCCCAGGUGUUUCUGCAGAUCUAUGGAGAGAAGGGCAAGUCGGAUGAGAUCAAGCUGGAAAACAACUCUGACAGCUUUGAACAGGGCCAGCUUGAUAAAUUCAUGAUUGAAAUGCCAGACAUAGGGAGACUGCUGAAAGUGCGCAUCUGGCAUGAGAAGAGAAAUCCGUUCGCUGGAUGGCAUCUAGCGAAGAUCACUUUGCUCAAGACCCUGACAAUGGAAAAGUACUCUUUUGAAUGUGGCCGUUGGCUGGACAUCAACGAGGACGACAACGAGAUCGUCAGAGAGCUUCCAGCUACCGGAGCACUCAUCAACGAGCCGUUGCCUUUGAUAAAGUAUCGUGUUACUAUCUGCACCGGCAAUGUCAGUGGCAGCGGCACCGAUGCAAGCGUCUUCCUCAACGUCAUCGGUGACCUGGGCGACACAGGGGAGAGACUCAUGUUCAUGAGUAAGAACAACGUCAACAAGUUUGAAAAGGGCAACCACGAUGAGUUUCUCAUCGAGUCGGUGUCUUUGGGCCAAGUGCGCAGAGUGCGCGUCGGCCACGAUGGCCGCGGCGGAGGCUGCGGUUGGUUCCUCGACAAGGUGAUGGUCCGGGAGGAGGGCCAGCCAGAGAGUUUGGCCACCGAGUUCCCCUGUUUCAGGUGGCUGGACCGUAAUGAAGACGAUGGACAGAUUGUCCGUGAGCUAGUCCCAGCUGGAGAUGGCCUGCGUCUCUUUAAUGUCAGCUACCACAUCGCAAUAAAGACGGGCAGCGUGAGCGGAGCCAGCUCGGACUCCCGGGUGUUCAUCAAGCUGUACGGAGAGAAGGGCGACACCAACAAGAUGAUACUGGCCGUUUCCGACAACGACCUCAGGAACUACUUUGAGACGGGACAGACCGACAUCUUCACCAUUGACACCUUUGACAUCGGACAGAUCAACCGCUUCCUGAUUGGUCACAUGAAUGAGGGCCUGCGGGCUGGCUGGUUCCUGGACAGCGUGCAGAUCUCUGUGCCGGUUCACGGGAAGCAGUACAUGUUCCCCAGCCACCGCUGGCUCUGCAAAGACGAGGCCGAUGGGAAAGUGGAGGUGGAGAUUUAUCCCAGUGAGAUCUUGGACAUCGAACAGUUGAUCAACUAUGAGGUAACGGUGGUCACGGGGGACGUGCGCGCUGGUGGCACCAACGCCAACGUCUUCUGUCAGAUUUACGGAGACGAAGGAAAGACAGAAGUCCUCGUGCUCAAGAGCCGCUCCAACAAUUUUGAACGCGGCACCACGGAGAUCUUCAGGAUUGAGGCUCUGGACAUUGGCAAAAUCUACAAGGUGCGGAUCUACCACGACGGGAAGGGGAUCGGAGACGGCUGGUUCCUGGAAAGGGUGGACAUCAAGCGGCUGACGAUGGCGAUGGUGCAGGUUGAGGUGAAGAAGCAGGACACCAAGAAAGACAAGAAGAAGGACAAGAAGAAGAAGAAGAAAGAGGAAGAGGAGGAGGUGGAGAUGGUUCAGCGGCUGCAGCAAGUGGUGGAGGUGUCCGCCUUCCCGUGCAGCCGCUGGCUGGCCAGGGAUGAGGAGGACGGGGAGAUCGUGGUGGAGCUGCUGACUGAGGGCAAUGAAGACCUGGAGGUGAACUCGUAUGAGGUCCAUGUGUUUACCGGGACCAUGUGGGGGGCGGGGACCGAUGCCAAUGUUUACGUCAACAUUUAUGGAGAGAUCGGCGACACGGGGGAGCGCCAGCUCAGGAAGGCCAACAACCUGAACAAAUUUGAGAAAGGCCAGGAGGACAUUUUCAACAUCACGGCGGUGGACUUGGGGACCCUGAAGAAGCUGAGGAUCCGACACGACAACAGCCAGGCCAGUGCCGGCUGGUUCUUGGACAGAGUGGAAAUUGUGGACGACAAAGAUGACACCACGUACUUUUUCCCUUGUAAGCGCUGGCUGGCCGUGGAUGAGGAUGAUGGACAGCUUGCCAGGGAGCUAGUUCCUGUGGACGAGGCCUUUAUGAAGAAAGGAGAUGACGACGAUGAGGAAGACUCUGAAACCACGCUUGGCCUUGAACAGAAGGCCAUGUCGACAACUUACACAAUGAGGAUAAAAACUGGUGACAAAAAGUAUGCAGGAACUGAUGCUAACGUGUUUAUGAUAAUGUACGGUACCAAGGACGACACAGGCACAAUUAAGCUGGAGGCUUCAAAGACUCAUAAGAACAAGUUUGAGCGGGGAAGGAUCGAUGAGUUCGUGGUGGAAGCCGUGGACAUCGGACCGCUGAAGAAGCUGCGCGUUGGACACGACAACUGUGGUGGAGGAUCGGCAGGCUGGUUCCUCGACUGGGUGGAGAUCGACGCCCCGUCUCUCGGGCUGAAACUGCACUUCCCCUGCGGCCGCUGGUUGGACAAGGGGGAGGACGACGGGGCCAUCGUCAGGGACCUCUUCCCUAAUCCUCUCCAGACGGAGCAUUACACACCAUUCGUCCCGUACGAAAUCAAGACCUUCACGAGCGACGUGUUUGCAGCCGGCACGGACGCAGACGUCUUCAUCGUCCUCUACGGAAGAGACGCGGCGUGCACCGAGCAGAAGUCUCUGUGCGUCAACAAGAGGGAGAGGAGGAUGUACUUUGAGAGAGGAGCUGAAGACAUGUUUAUUGUCGAGCUGGAAGACGUGGGGGAUGUAAUUGAAAAGAUCCGGAUCGGCCAUGACAACCGGGGGGUCAACCCGGGCUGGCACCUGGACAGAGUGGAGAUCAGACGUCUGCUCCGGAAGGGAAAGGGCUCAGAGACCGUCAUCUUCCCGUGCGAAUGUUGGCUCGCCAAGUCGGAGGACGACGGAGAAACCGUGAGAGAGCUGGUGCCCUCCGACAUCAUCACCGAGAAGCUCUCGCGAGACGGAAACCUGAAGGUCACCGAGGUGGAGGUGGAAGAUGCCCUGGAGACUCACGCAUACACAGUGUCGGUGAUGACAGGCGACGUGUACGGAGCCGGCACCGACGCCAACGUCUUCCUCACCAUUUACGGGGACCAGGGGGACACCGGGGAGAGGAAACUCAGCAAGUCGGAGACCAACAGCAACAAGUUUGAACGGGGAUCUGUGGAUAAGUUCACUAUAGAAGCCGUGGACCUCGGGCAGGUUUUCAGGAUAAAAAUACGCCACGAUAACAGCAUGAUGAGUGCCGACUGGUACCUGGACCAGGUGGAGGUGUUCGACGUGGACACAGAAGAGGUCUAUCUCUUCUUGUGUGAACGUUGGCUGUCCAGGAAGAGGGAGGACCGACGCAUUGAGAGAGUCUUCUAUGUCAAGGGCUACGAAGGUAUUAGAGAAGGCCUCAACAGUAAAAAGAGGAAGACAGCUGUGACAGCGAAGAGUGUCGACAACAACAUGAACAAAAAGAGCAAGAAGAAGAAGGAGGAGGAAGCUGAGCUCCCCAUCAUACCGUACCACAUCACCAUCUGCACGGGACUGGAGCGGGACGCGAGCACCGCCAGCAGGGCCUACGUGAUCAUCACCGGGGCCAAUCACACCCAGACAGAGAGGUUGUGGCUGGACCUGCCGGGCGAGAGGAACGGCUUUGAGGCCGGCUCCCUGGAGGGCUUUCAGCCCCACGGUUCAGACGUGGGGGAGAUCAAAAAAGUCGAGCUAGGUCACGAUGGGGCCACUCCUGAGAGCUGCUGGCUGGUUGAUGAGCUGUCUGUUGCCGUGCCAACCAAAGGGGUCAAAUAUGUCUUUGCUUGCAAGUGCUGGCUGGCCAAAGAUCGGGGAGACGGUUUGACUGCUCGAGUAUUCAACGUGCUGGAUGCAGAGGCCAUUUCCAUCUCCCAGCAGAUUAUUUACGAGGUUACCGUGGUAACGGGGGACGUGCAGGACGCAGGAACGGACACCCGGAUCUUCAUGUCUGUAUUCGGAGCCAACGGCAGCACGGAGGAGAUGCUGCUGCAGAAGAAUGAGGACAGGUUCGAGCGUGGUCAGGAGGACACUUUCAACAUGGAGAUCGACGACGUCGCUCCACUGAGGAAGAUGAGGCUUCGUAUCGAUGGCUCCGGCAGUCGACCCGACUGGUUUCUGGAUCAGGUGAUCCUGCGUAACCUGGCCACGGAGGAGGUGUCUGUGUUCACCUACGAGGAGUGGCUCUCCAGGACGCGUGGACCCAAGAGAACCGCGAUCUGCGAGAUGGCUGCUGUGGUGGACGAGGAGCUGAUGGUGGAGCUCACCACUUACAUCGUCCAGGUCAAGACCAGUGACAGCGCAGGGGCGGGCACCGAUGCCAACGUGUGCAUCAUUGUUUUCGGGGAGAACGGAGACACGGGAGAGCUCGCUUUGAAAGAGUCCCAGAAGUCCAACAAGUUCGAGCGCAAGCAGGUGGACACGUUUCGCUUCACGGACAUCCUCAGCAUGGGAGAGCUCUCCAAAGUCCGAGUCUGGCACGACAACUCAGGUCCCGCCCCGGGAUGGCACUUGGAAUACAUCGACGUGAAGGACGAGAUCCUGGACAAAACGUUCCGCUUCCCCUGCGACCGCUGGCUCGCCAAGAACGUCGACGACGGGCAGAUCAUGAGGGAACUGGCGUGCGCAAACAACGACUGCUUGGACCUCAGCGAGAAGACGAAGUAUGAAAUCUGUAUCACAACUGGAGACACCGAGACCAAAGAAAGUGCCUGGAUUGCACUGGAGGGGAGGAAAGGCCGAUCAAAAGAAUUCGCAAUGGAGAACUCCUCGAAGAAGAAGAGGUUCUUGCGGGGAAACGUCGACAGGUUUGAGUUUUCGUCCAAGAACUUGGGGGACAUCGCUGGCAUCUGCCUGGGACACACGCCCAAGGACGGGAAGAAAGUCAAGGGGGAGGUGUUCUGGCGCGUGGAGGAGGUGGUCGUCACCGAGAGGGAGCUGGGAAACAGGUACAUCUUCAGCUGCAACGCCCUCAUCCCGCUCUCCCCGAAGAGGGAGGACUUCUCGACCUUCGAGUGCACAAAGGCCGUCGAGAGCUUCGCCAGCAAGGCGCGGAGCCUCGUGCCCGUCAAGUACGAGAUCAUCGUCGUCACGGGCGACGAGAAGGGGGCGGGCACGGACGCCAACGUCUUCGUCAGCAUCUACGGCUCCAACGGGGACUCGGGCCGCCGGCAGCUGCGGCAGAAGUUCCGGAACCUUUUCGAGCGGGAGCAGACGGACCGGUUCCUGCUGGAGAUGCUGGACAUGGGCGAGCUGCAGAAGGUCCGGGUGGAGCACGACAACUCGGGCCUGAGCCCCGGCUGGCUGCUGGACCGCGUGGAGGUCACCAACACCGCCAACGGGGUCACCACCAUCUUCCUGUGCGGGAAGUGGCUGGACACCAAGAAGGCCGACGGGGUGAUCGCCAGGGUCUUCUACCCCAAAUACUAGAGUAUCUAUUCAUUCAUACCAACUCGCGAGAGAUUACGCUCUCUGGCAGGUUUCAAAUCUCAGGAACUGAGACAGGUUUUUGUAAUCAUUUUUUUUUUUUUUACUAUAUACUAUAUUGUAGUAUUAUCGAUAUUUAAUAUACUACCAUAGGAAUAUAGCCUGCAACGAAAAACUGUGACAAUAUCUCCAUGCGACAUGAAGCUGAAUGUGCCAUUGUUUUUGUUUUUUUAUGUCUCAUGAGGGAUGGUUUGUUAUGACUUAGGUUUUAUAAAAUAUUAAAUUAUUUUUUUUCCAUACAGCCUUUGACUCGCUGAUUUAAUCAACCAAACACCUACAGAGC